AUUUCAUUGAUUCUAGAUUAAAAAUUUGUAAAUUUUAUACAACAACUUAUUUUGAAGAUAAUAUCAUCGUUAAAACGUUUAUAGAGAUAGGACUAUUAUCGUAUAAUUCAAGCGUGUCAAAGAUAAGGAAAAGUGCGUGUGGCGAAAGCAUUGGACAUUUUAAAAAUUAAAAAUUAAUCGCUAUCGACUGAUUUGCACCCAAGAAGAUAGAACCACCAAUCUUCAACUAAGGAUAAAACACGUAGAGAAAGUAAAGAUAAAAAGAGGACUAAAGAAGCAGAGAAGAGUCCAAAAAAAGAAGUUGCAAAAAUGCCACGAUCCAGAUCAAGAAGUAGGAGCAGAAGUUUCAGCAGGGGACGGAACAGGGGGAGACAACAGAGCCGUAGUAGAAGUCACAGCAGAAGUUACUCCCCGGAGGAGGGAUACAGAAUACAUGUGGCUGAUCUAGGAAUGGAUCCAUCCAAAUCAGAGUUAGACAGAGCAUUUGAAAAAUUUGGACCUAUACUUGAAGUUUGGGUCGCCAGAAAUCCACCUUGUUUUGCUUUUAUUGUUUACAAGUACAGGGAAGAUGCAGAAAGAGCAGUUCAGGACAUGGAUGGGAGAGUUUUGAGCGGAGGAAGAAUUCGUGUAUCGUUUGCCCGCCCCAGGACCAGGGGAAGGAGGAGACGAGGGUUUGAUCCAAACCUACGCUGUUAUACCUGUGGGGAGAAGGGACACUUCUCACGAGACUGUGUAGAAAUCUGGAGACAAAGACGCAGGAAUAGGAGCAGGGACAGGGGAGACAGGGGAGAUAAUAAUUUCACAGCAAGAAAACGCAGAAGUUACUCACGCUCUAAAUCCAGAUCCAAAUCUAGGUCACCAAAAAGAUCCAAGAAUCGCAGGUCAAGGUCACGUUCAAACAGACGCAAAAGCAGAAGUCCCAGGUCAAGGUCACCUGUAAAGAGAAACCGUUCAAGAUCAAAAUCACCCAAGCGUAGCAGAAGCAGAAAAGACUCAGAGAGAGAGAAGAGAUCUGUAGAAAAGAUAAAGACAGAAUCACCAAAAAAGGAGUACAGAUCUAGGUCACGCUCAAGAUCAAGGUCUAGGUCAGUCUCCAGACCAGCUGAAGAUGUUAGAAAAUCUAGGUCAAGGUCGAGGAGUAUGUCAUACCAUGGCAAUGGUGAAAUUGAGGCAGAUGCAUGAACUGUUUGACAAUGAAACAUUAAACACUGAAUUUUAUAAUGUUGUGGACGUAGAAUCGUGACAUCAGAAAAUGUUCAUGUUUGUUAAUUGUUAUAAUAGAUACUAGGAAAAAAUUGUGGAAUCUUAAUUUUAACCAUUUUAUUUUUGUCAUGUAGGUACAAUCAUCUUUUGAUUUUGAAUGUAAUUUAAAAAAGGAUAUAGGAUGAAGUGACUUAUAAUCAUCUUUAAAAUCUUUAUUAGUUAUUGACAAACUAUUAACUAUCAACCAUCAUUUAUCCAAAUAGACCAACAAUUAUUUUUAAAUCAAUUUCAUUUAAAUUUUGCAGUGGAAUAUUAUUGUCACCAUGUUGGUGGGUUUUAGUACUAUGAAUAUUUUAUGCCUCUAAGAUUAACAGAUAUUUCCCAAAAAUCAUGAAAAAACUUUUUAGAAUGGUCAUUGAAACACCAAAACAAGUUUUGUGCAUUUAAUUUUGGCACAUAAUAGAGGCAGAAAGACUAAACAAAUGAUGUAUCCUUUCACCUUUAGUUUUACAAUCAAAUUAUAAGGGGGAGGUUAUAAGAAUGACAAAACCUUUGAUGUUUUAUUUGAUGUUGAUUAGAUGUUUUUAAUCAGAGAUUUUGUUGUAUUUUAUGACAAGGUAAAUGUUGUUUUAUAGGACCAUCCAUUAAUCAUAUCUCACGAGUUAGUGGAAGGAAAAGGAUACUUUUUCUGUUAUUGAAGAAAUCAUCAUGUGUUAUAUAUAUUAAAAAUGUCAUCAUUAUUAAGGAACAUUUUCAAUUUAAUUGUUAUUUUAUCAAGAAUGUUAGUAGAAUAAGAUCAUGACUAGUUUCAUUGAUUCAAAUUGACAAGUUGAAAUAAAUUUUAUGGAGUCACCAAUGCUCCAUCUUCUGUUUAAAAAUUAAAACUACAUCCCUGCAAACUCUUGUCAAAUUUAUAAAUUUCUUUGUUAAUAUUUUUCAGCGAAGAAAAAUAUGAACAUUCAUUAUAGUUUAUCAUAAAAAAUAAUUAAAAAAAAAUAGCCUUUAUAAAAGAAACUUUGAAUCUGCGAAGAAAAUAUUUGAUGCCUAGAUGGUGUUAAACUUCUUAGUAAUUUAAUACAUUCCAGAAAAAAACCUGUGCUGUUCAUACCAUUUCAUUACAAAGUUGAUUGUGGCUAUACUCUGCAGAUCUUUAAAGGAUAAAAUGAGAAGCUACAUGGCAGGUGAUACCAUUUCCCUUUUGUAAUGUCCGAGUCUAAUUACAUGAUACAUUUUAGAUACAUGAUUAUACGUUUUAGUCCUUUUAUCUUUGUUCAGAGCUCUACAUUAAUCCCCAUCAGUGUCGUGCAAACCUCGAUUUUGAAACUUUGCAUCGAACAUUAACAGAUAUUUUCAAGUUGCCAUCUUAUUCUCAUAGACUUUAUAGACAUGAAUAAAGAUAAUUCUUAAAUUUUUAUCCUACUCAUUGACAUAAAUGAAGAUUGAGUAUUAAUCACAUGAGAAGGGAGACAACUUGUGUUAGUUACAUUGUAAAAUGGAUCAAUAAGAAAUCUUGACUGUAUAUUGCAUUUUUUAAUCAUCAUUUAUACAGAAUAUUAAAAUCGAAAUAAAAAUAC